GAACAAUAGCGAGUUUCUCAAUUCACCCUUUUCCGACCUUUUAAGCGGGCUGGGCUGGAAUUUUUAGGCGGGCAUAUCCGUAUUUUCAACCGAAACACCGACGUAUAUAUGUGUGUGUAGCCCGUUGGCUAUUUAAGAAAGAAAGAAAAAAGAAAUCACGACUACAAAAGCCCAGAGGAGUCUAGAAUCUUUUAUCGAAGCCUUACUCCGUCAUCAGAGCUACCGGAGGUGGACGAAUUUUCAGUAACAUCUUCGUUUUCUCGAUCUUAAAAUGGCAGUGACACUUCACACGAACUUGGGGGACAUCAAGUGCGAAAUCUUUUGUGACGAAGUGCCGAAAACAGCCGAGAAUUUUCUGGCAUUAUGUGCAAGUGGCUAUUAUGAUGGAACCAUAUUUCAUAGGAAUAUAAAAACUUUCAUGAUCCAAGGUGGUGAUCCAACUGGUACAGGCAAAGGAGGGACGAGCAUUUGGGGCAAAAAGUUUAACGAUGAGAUAAGAGAGUCUCUUAAGCACAAUUCUAGAGGAAUAUUAUCAAUGGCAAACAGUGGUCCUAAUACUAAUGGGAGCCAGUUUUUUAUAACUUACGCUAAGCUGCCUCAUCUGAACGGACUCUACACAAUCUUUGGCAAAGUGAUUCAUGGAUUUGAAGUCCUUGAUCUCAUGGAAAAGACUACAACAGAAGAUCUAGACCGACCUCAUGCAGAGAUCAGGAUCACCCGUGUGACGAUACAUGCCAACCCGCUUGCUGGGUGAUGAGGGUUUGCUGGGAUUAUUAGGUUCAUGGUCUGGGGUGGGUCAAUUAGAGUUAUAGAUUCUUGUUAGUCCUCGUUACGUUUGAUGAAAUUCAAGGGAAGGAGAUUGCCCUGCCGGAAUUCAUUGGCUAACCGAAUCAUACGUAACAGGAGUGUUAAAGCUUAAAUUAAAGUACAGUAAAUGGAAAAACUCCGCUAAAAUGCUACUGCAGAUGACAUUUGAUUUAAAACUCCUGUUUCACGAUUACUAUUGUCAGAGGCACUUUAGUUUCUUCCUUUUAUCAUCAUUUUUUUGGGCGGGGGGUUCUUAUUGAAAAUGAUUGAUAAAUUCCCAAUAGAUCGUUUGAUUUUGUUGUCAACUCCACCAAUUCUUACUUUGUUCAUGGUUAAUGGUAAAAUGAACAACACUUGAUCUC